UACCUUGUUGAUUGGAGGGACCAUCCGCCUCCCUUCAUUUGUAAGAUACAUAUGCAUAGAUUGAUUCCCUCUACAGCCUUCCAUUUUUCCUUCAUCUUUCUUCGCAUUCCUUUUCCAAUUAUAUAAAAUUUAUAGCUCUUUCCGAAUUUUUGAAAUAAAAUUUUAGCUUGUUUCUUUGGUGAUGUUUAUUUUUUAAUUUUUAUUUGUUUUGCGUUUUUAAUGGGUCAGACUUGAGUUUGUUCAAUGAUCAAAUCUUUUUCCCCUAACCUGAUCGCGUGUUUUGGCUCAGCAUCGAGAUUCCUCUGUCGUUGACGUCUGCUCUCUUUAAAGUUUAUUGGAGCGGAAAGGCCCACGAAAAUCAUAAGAAUUCGCGUGGAAGGGAGCAAUAAAAUCUUAUGGGCAAAAUUUCGUUUAUGGCUUCUUCAUUAUCAUUGUCGUCUUGUAAUUCCAUUUCCCAUCGAGAUUCCAAAUUCGAUGUUUUUCUUAGUUUUAGAGGCGAGGAUACUCGUGAUAACUUUACUAGUCAUCUCUAUGCGGCUUUGCGUCGAAAACAGAUUGAAGCCUUUAUUGAUGACAGGGGACUUAAGAGAGGAGAUGAAAUUUCUCCUGUGCUGUUGAAGGCAAUAGAAUCAUCGAAGAUUUCAGUAAUAAUUUUCUCAGAAGACUAUGCUUCCUCUAGAUGGUGCUUGGAUGAACUUGUAAAAAUUCUUGAAUGUAAAAAAUUCAAUAACCAAAUUGUUAUACCAGUUUUCUUCAAUGUGAAUCCAUCUGAUAUUCGGAAGCAAACGGGAACUUUCGCGGAGGCUUUUGUGAAGCAUGAAGAACGUUUUAAGGAGAUGAGAAACAAAGUUCAGAAUUGGAGGAAUGCUUUGACUGAAGCUGCCAAUUUAUCUGGAUGGGAUUCCUCUGUAACCAAGCCUGAGGCGACACUUGUAGAUGAGAUUGUUAAAGAUAUUUUGAAGAAAUUGAAAAAUAUAUCUAUCUCAAGUGAUUCUGAUUACUAUGUUGGACUAAACUCACGCAUUAAGCAUAUCAAAUCAUUGUUAUGCAUUGGAUUGUCAGAUUUUCGAAUAAUAGGAAUUUGGGGAAUGGGUGGUAUAGGUAAAACAACCAUUGCAGGAGCGAUUUUUAACCAAAUUUCUUGUGAUUUUGAAGGUUGUUACUUUUGUAUUAAUGUUAGAGAAGAAUCAGAAAAAUGGGGAUUAAGUCAUUUGAGAGACCAAGUUCUUUCUCAAAUAUUAGAAGAAGAAAACCUCAAAAUAGGCACUCCCAAAAUUCCUCUGUAUAUCCAGGAAAGACUUCGACGCAAAAAAGUUUUCAUUGUUCUUGAUGAUGUGAAUAAUUUUGAACAAUUAGAAUUUUUGGGCGGAGGGCUUGACCAUUUCGGUCUUGGAAGUAGAAUUAUUAUAACUACUCGAGAUAAACAAGUACUUCAUAGUUAUGGAGUGCAAAGCAUAUAUGAGGUUGAGGAACUUAACCAUAAUGAAGCUCUUUUGUUGUUUUGUAAAUAUGCCUUUAAACAAUGCCAUCCUCUUGAAGAUUUUAUGGAGCUCUCAAGUAGUGUAAUAAAUUAUGCAAAAGGCAAUCCAUUAGCUCUUAAAGCAUUGGGUUCUACCCUCUUUCGAAAGAGCAGACGAGAAUGGGAAAGUGCAAUGUAUAAUUUGAAAAUGGUUUUUGAUCCCCAAAUUCAUGAUGUGUUAAAAAUUAGUUAUGAUAGACUGAACAGAGAGGAAAAAGAGAUUUUUCUUGAUAUUGCCUGUUUCUUUAAAGGAGAGGAUAUAGAUGAUGUGGCUCAAAUAAUGCUAGACAGUCAUUACUCCCUUUAUUUUGAAUUGCGUAACCUCUGUGAUAAAUCUCUCAUAACAAUAUCAAAUAACAAGUUGCAAAUGCAUGAUUUAUUGCAAGAAAUGGGUCGAGAAAUUGUUUUCCAAGAAUCUGCCAAAGAGCCUGCGAAACGUAGUAGGUUGUGGUAUCAUGAGGAUGUCUACAACAUGUUGAAAAAUAAUAAGGGCACUGAUUCAAUUGAAGGCACAUUCUUAGAUAUGUCAAAAAUAAGAGAACUUCAGUUAAGUUCUGGAGCCUUUGCAAAUAUGUCCAAUCUUAGAUUGCUGAAGUUUUAUACUCCUAAGCUUUACAAAGUGUUCUCUAAAGCACAUCUUCAGUUUUUGGAUAUUUCUAAGGUGCAUCUUCCUCAUGGUCUGAAAUAUCUUCCAAAUGAGUUGAGGUAUCUCCAUUGGGAGGGAUACCCUUUGAAAAAAUUGCCAUCAAAAUUUAAUAUAGAGAACCUUGUUGAACUUAGAUUGCCUUAUAGUAAGGUGGAGCAACUUUGGAAAGGAACUAAGCAUGCUCCCAAGUUGAAAUUGAUUGAUCUUCGUGGGUCCAGAUACUUGACCAGGAUCUCAGACCUCUCAGAUGCCUCGAUGCUUGAGGUUAUGAACCUCAGAUAUUGCAAAAGUCUUAAAAUCUUUCCAAAGAUUUCAGGGAACAUAAAGGAAUUAGAUUUAUCUGCAACCAGAAUAGAAGAAAUUCCUACUGCCAUUCGUGAUCUGAAAUCUCUUUCUAGGCUUAAACUUUGGAAUUGCUCAAAGCUAAAGAGUUUCCCCGAAAUCUUUGAAGAAAUAAAAAAUUUACAGUAUUUUUCUCUAGGUAGAGCAACAAAAGUUAAGCAGCUUCCAUCUUCUAUUGAAUAUUUAACUGGGCUUAUUGACUUGACAUUGGUGGAUCUCAAAAACCUUGAGACCAUUCCAAGUAAUAUUUUCAGGUUGACAUCUCUAUGCUCAAUAAAUCUUUCUGGUUGCUCAAAACUUGAUAGAUUGCCAGAUAGCUUGGGGAAUCUAAAAUGUUUGUGGUACUUCAAUGCAGACAGAACUGCUAUUAGGGAAUUACCAUCCUCUAUUGCUGGUUGUAAAGAUCUUCGAGUUCUGCAUUGUUCUAAGUGUAGAAGUUUGAUUUUGCCUUCAUUCUCAGUUUUAGGUUCCUUAACACAAUUAAGUUUGUCUUAUUGCUCUCUAACUAUUAUUCCUGAAGAUAUUUGUUAUAUGCCCUCUCUGAAACUAUUAGAUCUCUCUGGAAACAAUUUGAAGAGUUUACCUAGAAGUGUUAAACAACUCUCUCGGCUAAAGCAUCUUUUGAUAAGCAAUUGCAGAAUGAUUCAAUCAUUGCCAGAGCUUCCUGUAUGUUUACGUUUUUUAGAUGCAAGGAAUUGCAAGAAGCUCCAAUCAUUACCACAUCUUCCAUCACGCCUAGAAGAAUUAAAUGCAGAUGAACUGGAGCUAGUAUUUGAGCGCUGUUGUCAAUUUGCAUAUAGCAGAAUCGAGUUCAUCUUUACAAACUGCCUGCAACUGAAUCAAAAAGCAUGCAACAGCAUUUUGGUAGAUUCACAACUGCAACUUCAACAUAUGUCAUCUAAAUCAUUAAGACUUUGCCAUGAAAAGGUAUAUGAAAAAACACCUUCAACUAGUUUGUGUCUACCUGGGAGUAAAAUUCCUGAUUGGUUUAGCUAUCAAAGUUCAGGAUCUUCAAUAACUAUUGUGCUACCUCAACAUUGGUGCAAUAAAAAGUUCAUUGGAUUCGCUCUAUGUGUUGUUAUUGCAUUUGAGUGGCGUUAUUGUGGUCGUGGUCUUUUUGUGGAUUCUACUUACCAGUUUCAAACCAGUGAUAAUCAAUGGGAUCCCUCUAUAUUUGGAUUGAGGCUUUCUGUUGCUGGUAUUUGGGCUAUCACAGCUAUUGAUUCUGAACACAUUGUACUGGGGUAUAGUCCUGUUCGGGUUCUUAAGGGAGAAUAUACAGCUGCCUCUUUUAAGUUUCGUCCAUUUAUCCAUGGUUACAAAGGCCCUGUAGAAGGUUGCAAGGUGAAAUAUUGUGGGGUAUCUCUACUAUAUACACAGCCCAUUGUGAUCCAAUCUAACCUUUCUAUUGAGAAUUUGGCUCCUAUGAUAACUAGGAAACGCCAUGCUAAUUACUACCCUGAUCAGACCAAUUCAACUGAAAUUAGAAGUGGAGGAACUGAUGGUGAGUUGGAACCUGUUAGGGCCAAGGUGUACACGAGGAAGAAGAGAAAGAGAGAUACUGUGAAGGAAGCUGAGAAUGCAGGUGGAAGAAACUUAGCAGCUACAGAUGUCACUCAAGCAGCAGGAGGAAUGGCAGCAGACAAACAAUCCUCCCAAGAUGGGGCAGCAACAAUUAUGCAGCAUGAGCAUGGGACCACAGAGAUAGCCUUAGCUGAGGUGUAACCACAGAAUUGGAAAGGCAGUUAUGGGAAGGAAAUAGAAGAAGGAGACCCGGAGUUGGAGGAGGGCAGAGAAGAAAAUUGAGAAAAGGUAAUGUAGGGAGAGUUUCCAGUCUCUUGAAUGCCGGAGGAAGAAUUUCUGUCUUCUUUUAGUUUGCAUUUCUGUUUUCCUUUCAUUGUGAGUUCAGAGAAUUAGUAUGCUAAGUUUUUAAGAAGUACUUUCACCAGUGAACUUUAUACGUGUUUCUGCAAAGAUUAUCAAUGCAAGCGGUAUUCCAUACAUUACUAUCCAGUUUGUUACACAAUAAUAUUCAUUACAUUGCAGUUCAGCCAUUUGAUACAAUAUCCACAGCAGUUCUGUUUUAGCAACAAUACAACCCAGAAAUCUUGGUCCAGCAGCUAGCUGCAGCAGCAUAGUCACCAAACAGCAGCAUGUUAUCACAGUAUCACAUUAUCACAUUUUUUGCAGUUACAAAUUCCGGAAAUCCUUGAAUAGCAACUUCCCAGCGGCAGCAGAACCAUCAUUCCAGCAGAACAUGUUAGCUGAACACUCCAGGAGCUGGGUCCUUCUGGAGACGAAGUCAACCGCUGAGUACCUGUUACGUGUACUGUAUUUAUGUAAAAGAACUGUGUAUUGCUAAUUUGUGGAAUGAAUGUAAUUGAUGGAAUUAUAUGAACCAAUGGAUUGUAAUCAACGGAAUUAUAUGAAUAAAUGAAAUGACUGCUUUAUUGAA